UUGGGUCACACUGUGAGGGUGGCUUGGUCAGCCAGUCCCACCACUGCAAUGACCACAGCUGUGUUGGGCUCACACCAGUGAACCGAAGCUCUGGAUUCUGAGAGUCUGAGGAUUCUGUGAAGAUCUGACUUGGGCUCAAAGCAAGGAUGCGUGAAAUUGUCCACAUUCAGAUUGGCCAGUGUGGCAACCAGAUCGGAGCCAAGUUCUGGGAGAUGAUUGGUGAGGAGCAUGGGAUCGACUCAGCUGGGAGUGACCGCGGGGCCUCGGCCUUGCAGCUGGAGAGAAUCAGCGUGUACUACAACGAAGCCUACGGUAGGAAAUAUGUGCCCCGAGCAGUCUUGGUGGACCUAGAACCUGGGAUGAUGGACAGCAUUCGAUCUAGCAAAUUAGGAGCCCUCUUUCAACCCAACAGUUUUGUCCAUGGUAACUUUGGGGCUGGCAACAACUGGGCCAAAGGCCAUUACACGGAGGGAGCUGAGCUGAUCGAGAAUGUCCUGGAGGUGGUGAGGCACGAGAGCGAGAGCUGUGACUGCCUGCAGGGCUUCCAGAUUGUCCACUCCCUGGGCGGGGGCACAGGCUCCGGGAUGGGCACUCUGCUCAUGAACAAGAUCAGGGAGGACUACCCGGACCGGAUCAUGAAUUCCUUCAGUGUCAUGCCUUCCCCCAAGGUGUCGGACACAGUGGUGGAGCCCUACAACGCGGUCUUGUCUAUCCACCAGCUGAUUGAGAAUGCAGAUGCCUGUUUCUGCAUUGACAAUGAGGCCCUCUACGACAUCUGCUUCCGUACCCUCAAGCUGACGACACCCACCUACAGGGAUCUCAACCACCUGGUGUCCUUGACCAUGAGUGGCAUAACCACCUCCCUCCGGUUCCCGGGUCAGCUCAACGCAGACCUGCGCAAGCUGGCAGUGAACAUGGUCCCCUUCCCCCGCCUGCACUUCUUCAUGCCUGGCUUUGCCCCGCUCAUGGCCCAGGGCAGCCAGCAGUACCGGGCCCUCUCCGUGGCCGAGCUCACCCAGCAGAUGUUCGACGCUCGCAACACCAUGGCUGCUUGUGACCCCCGCCGUGGCCGCUACCUAACAGUGGCCUGCAUCUUCCGGGGCAAGAUGUCCACCAAGGAAGUGGACCAGCAGCUGCUCUCCGUGCAGACCAGGAACAGCGGCUGUUUUGUGGAGUGGAUUCCGAACAAUGUCAAGGUGGCUGUUUGCGACAUCCCGCCCCAGGGGCUGAGCAUGGCCGCCACCUUCAUUGGCAACAACACAGCCAUCCAAGAGAUCUUUAAUAGGGUCUCUGAGCAUUUCUCAGCCAUGUUCAAAAGGAAAGCUUUUGUGCACUGGUACACCAGCGAAGGGAUGGACAUAAACGAGUUUGGGGAAGCUGAAAGUAACAUCCAUGAUUUGGUAUCUGAGUACCAACAAUUUCAAGAUGCCAAAGCAGUUCUAGAGGAAAAUGAAGAGGUCACGGAGGAGGCAGAAAUGGAGCCAGAAGAUAAGGGACAUUAA